AUGAUGCAGCAUGUCGUCCCAAGAGACCCUUCGUUCAUCGAGAGCCGCAGCGACGUAUCUGUAGUCAAACGUUUCCAAGACCUCUUCCGUCGAGUUCCCAUCAUCGAAGCGCUUCCCGAAGUGUCGACGUACGAUGUAUUUGUCGAGAGCCGUAGUGAAGAUUUGACAUCAGAGGACGAUGAAGACGACUUGGAUGAUGGAACAGACUCAUUGGAAGCCGAGGAUAGCCUGGAAGAGAGAGGCAUUCGAGGACACGGUGCCAACCCAAGGGGUAUUCGUGGAAAGGGCGCCAACCCAAGAAGCAUCAACGCGAGAGGCAUCCGUGGGAAAGGUGCCAACCCGAGGGGUAUCCGUGGACAUGGCGCCAACCCAAGAGGUAUCCGUGGGAAGGGUGCUAAUCCAAGGAGCAUCAGUGCUCGAGGCAUUCGUGGAAAGGGUGCCAACCCAAGAGGCAUUCGCGGAAGUGGUGCCAACCCAAGGGGUAUCCGUGGACAUGGUGCCAACCCAAGAGGUAUUCGUGGACAUGGUGCCAAUCCGAAGAGAUCCAUCAUUGAGCGAGGAAUCGAAGCACUUUUCGGAAGUUGGUGA